GGGGGCGUGGUCCUAGAGAGGGCGGGCCCGCGCACGCGCUGUGUCUGAGUUUUGGGGUUCCGGAAAUGUGACUCUGAGAAAUGAGAUGGAGAAGUACGAGCGGAUCCGAGUGGUGGGCAGAGGUGCCUUCGGGAUUGUUCACCUGUGCCUUCGCAAGGCUGACCAGAAGCUGGUGAUCAUCAAGCAGAUCCCAGUGGAGCAGAUGACCAAGGAAGAGAGGCAGGCAGCCCAGAAUGAGUGCCAGGUCCUCAAGCUGCUCAACCACCCCAAUGUCAUUGAGUACUACGAGAACUUCCUGGAGGACAAGGCUCUCAUGAUCGCCAUGGAAUAUGCACCAGGUGGCACCCUGGCUGAGUUCAUCCAGAAGCGCUGUAAUUCCCUGCUGGAGGAGGAGACCAUCCUGCACUUCUUUGUGCAGAUCCUGCUGGCGCUGCAUCACGUGCACACCCACCUCAUCCUGCACCGGGACCUCAAGACCCAAAACAUCCUUCUAGACAAACACCGCAUGGUCGUCAAGAUUGGUGACUUUGGCAUCUCCAAGAUCCUUAGCAGCAAGAGCAAGGCCUACACGGUGGUGGGUACUCCAUGCUACAUUUCCCCUGAACUGUGUGAGGGCAAGCCCUACAACCAGAAGAGUGACAUCUGGGCCCUGGGCUGUGUCCUAUAUGAGCUGGCCAGCCUCAAGAGGGCCUUUGAGGCUGCGAACCUGCCAGCGCUGGUGCUGAAGAUCAUGAGCGGCACCUUUGCGCCCAUCUCUGACCGGUACAGCCCUGAGCUGCGCCAGCUGGUUCUGAGUCUUCUCAGCCUGGAGCCUGCACAGCGGCCACCGCUCAGCCACAUCAUGGCGCAGCCCCUCUGCAUCCGGGCGCUCCUCAACCUCCACACUGACCUGGGCAGCGUCCGCAUGCGGAGGGCAGAGAAGCCCCUGGCCACCGGGCCACCCAUGGCCCCCGGCAGCACAGGGGGCAGGACCACCAGUGGCCGUUGCAGAGGUGUUCCCCGGGGACCUGCCCGGCCGGCCAUUCCGCCGCCCCUGUCAUCGGUGUACGUGUGGGGUGGCGGGCUCAGUGUGCCGCUGCGGCUGCCAAUGCUCAACACAGAGGUGGUCCAGGUGGCAGCGGGGCGCACGCAGAAGGCUGGCGUCACGCGCUCUGGGCGCCUCAUACUUUGGGAGGCCCCGCCCCUAGGCGCUGGAGGGGGCCCCCUCCUCCCUGGGGCGGUGGAGCAGCAGCAGCCCCAGUUCAUCUCCCGUUUCCUGGAGGGCCAGUCGGGUGUGACUAUCAAGCAUGUGGCCUGUGGGGACCUCUUCACGGCCUGCCUGACUGACCGAGGCAUCAUCAUGACCUUUGGCAGUGGCAGCAAUGGGUGCCUAGGCCAUGGCAGCCUCAAUGACAUCAGCCAGCCCACCAUUGUGGAGGCCCUGCUGGGCUAUGAGAUGGUGCAGGUGGCCUGUGGGGCGUCUCAUGUGCUGGCCUUGUCCACUGAGCGAGAACUGUUUGCCUGGGGCCGCGGAGAUGGUGGCCGGCUGGGACUAGGCAACAGGGAGUCCCACAGCUGCCCCCAGCAGGUACCCAUGCCCCCAGGACAGGAAGCCCAGCGGGUUGUAUGUGGCAUUGACUCCUCCAUGAUCCUCACUGUGUCCGGCCAAGCCCUGGCCUGUGGGAGCAACAGGUUCAACAAGCUGGGCCUGGACCAUCUCUCCCUAGGGGAGGAGCCUGCCCCACACCAGCAAGUGGAGGAGGCCCUGAGCUUCACACCACUAGGUUCUGCACCCCUGGACCGCGAGCCCCUGCUGAGCGUGGACCUGGGCACUGCUCAUUCAGCUGCUGUAACUGCCUCUGGUGACUGCUAUACAUUCGGCAGCAAUCAGCAUGGGCAGCUGGGUACCAUCGCUCGCCGGGUCAGCCGGGUACCUUGUCAAGUCCAAGGCCUCCAGGGAAUCAAGAUAGCAAUGGUGGCCUGUGGGGAUGCCUUCACUGUGGCCAUUGGGGCAGAGAGUGAAGUGUACUCUUGGGGCAAAGGGGCCCGAGGUCGACUGGGAAGGAGGGAUGAGGAUGCUGGACUCCCUAGGCCAGUGCAGCUGGAUGAGACACACCCCUACACAGUGACUUCUGUGUCCUGUUGCCAUGGAAACACUCUCCUGGCUAUCCGCCCGGUCACAGAUGAGCCAGUCCCCCCUUGAGGCACCUGGAUACACCUCUGGACGACCCCGAUAUUGCUUCUCCUGUAAAUGUUCUUGAAAAGUGCAGGUGCCUCAGGCAUGACCAGCCCCCUGGAUUGUAUCAUCAAUGGGGUAUAAGAACCAGUAAAGCCCCUGCUCUGCCUUUGGCCCUGGAUAUGUAAAACUCAACCCACCCUACUCCCCUCCCCACCCCUUCUUAUCUUUAGUCAACGUCCCCAGGGUUCAGCCUGGCUAGAGUUGGAGGCCAGACGUAACUUUUGGAAGCAGGGAGGUCUCCAGAGCCUCUGCAGAAAAAGGCUGGAGGUAGCUGUGGCCCCACCUAGAUGCUGCCCCUUCCCCCAGCCCAGUUUGAAAAUAAGUCGCAGGUGUCUACUGGGAGCGCAGCUCAGUGCUUUGGAGUAAGGCAAGCUGGGGCCUGCCUGUUCUGGCCAUUCCAGAGGCCUAGCCCCUGCAUUGCCUGGGGCAGGGAGGUCCCGGGAGUGCUACCACCUGCCCCCACUCCUAUAUCCUGAGGCAGGGGUUUACACAAUCUGAGUGCCUCCCUUCCCCUGGGGGAGUGCAUGGGCUGCAGUAUACCGCAAAGGACAUCCCUGCUGAAGGUUGCCCUUCACCCCAUGCCAUUCCCCCAAAGCACGUUGGGAGAAAGGGUAGCUGGCUGGACCAGACUAGUUUCCCAGAUGACUGGGAAAUAGCGCCAAUAAAAAAUCAGCUGCC